AUGCAAAAUCGCCGAGCAGAAAUUGAAAACCAAGUUCCGUACCCAAAAGACGGCCUCAACCGUGAUCUUAGAGCCGAAAAGCCAAUAUUUUGUUGGUUAUCUUACAGAUACGGCAUAGACUCCAUUUCUGUUGAAUAUGAUGAAGCAGCAACUGCUGUCCUGCAGCAAGAUCUGAUGUCAGAAACUGUGUUUCCGUCAAACCCAUUUGCACUGGCACGUUCUGUUCAUUUUCCUGGCAAGGUGUGUGCACUUGCAGGCACCAGAGGAGGUGGAGAGAAAAAGAAUCUGUCUGGAGCAUCCGGUAGUACUAAUGCAGGGAAUAAUGAAACGACUCCGGGCAGAAGAAGAUCAAUGCGCAUCAGUAAUGCAGAAAAAUUGGAUAAAUCUGCCAGCUCUGCUCAGCGCUCUCAGUCAAGCUCCAGUGCCUCAGGUCCUACAACAUCCCCAGAAUGUGCAAGAACGCCACCCAAAAGGGGUGGAAAGCAAAAGUCAAAAAGGAAACUGGAGACUGAACAAUAUAAAACUCCCUCUGAUAAAAAGAAGACCAGAGUUACGCGUAGUUCCUGUAAGAAAUCAAGUCCUAGUAGUUCAGAUCCAAAUGAUAGUCCUUUUGUCAGUGAAACCGAAUAUCAGCCUCAACCUGCUGUCUCUGCUGAAGAGCCAUUGAGCAAUCUGGAUAAUAGUGAUGCAAGCCAUUCAUCGUCUAAUGAUUGCAGUGAUCGCAUCACUUCAGUAGAGAAGGAUAAUGAAGAAGAGAAUGAAAAAGAGCGUGAUCAUGUAGAAAAUAAAAAUUCGCCUGUCAGUGAAGAAGACUGUGCAUCAAACAUUGACCAGUUUAAUAUUGAAGUCUCAGGAAACUCAAAUCUUCCACCGACUACUGAUGAUAAAAAUUGUGGAAGUUGUGUGGAGCCCAACUCAGGUAAUUCAGCAGAAAACAGUGACACAGAAUUUAUUGAAAAGGAACAGAGUAGUUCAAAAAAUGGAAUUUGUUCUCUCAGUGAAGAUGUAUCUCAUAUCGAUGUGACCAGCAGUGAUCAAAGCAUUGGUCAAACAGAAUAUCUUGGGAGUCCAUCAAAUGAAGAUAUUGCUGAUGUGGGAAACAAGGCACUUGUAAAUGAUCAAAAUUCUGAACGCUCUAAAGUGGUAGAAUUCGGACAAAGAAUGAACAACACUUGUGAGGAUGAUACUGGGAAGCAAUCUACUGUUGAAAGCCCAGAAAAAUAUGUUAAAGAUACCCAUCCCAAGGGUAAAAUGUCUUCAAAGAGUAUUAAUUCUGAGCAGUUAGAGGAAACAGUAUCUGUAAAAGUUGAAGAGGAUCCAGAUCAAGCUCAUCAUACAUCUGAUUGUAAAAGUGCUGUUGCUACAGAAUCAUUUAUUGAAAUUCCUGGAAAAUUCAUGGAGGAUAGUGAUCUGAUGAGGGAAAUGUCUUUAGAGAAUAUCAAACCUGAGAUGUUUAAAAAAAUGGGUUCUCUGAAAAAGCUAAGUACUGAAGAAACACCUGAUUCUCAAGCUAUUGGGCGGCAGUACACAGAUACUCCUGAAAUGUUUUUGGAAGACAACUAUCCAGAGAGUGAAGUAGCCUUGGAAAAUAUAAAACUGAAGCGAUCUGAUACAGAUUCCACAGAAGUUUUACCUUGUCAUGAGCAAAUAUCUGAUUGUAAGGUUGGUAUCAGUCAGCAGUCUUCAGUUGAAGAUCCUCAUAAGUUUGUGGAGAAUGACAAUGUGAAAAGUGAGAUUAGCUCAGGGAAUAUUGAACCUCAGCAGUUUGAGAUGAACCAGGAGCAAAUUUUAAGUAAACCGUCACAGGCAGCUGAUUGGAAAAAUGAUAUUGCUCACAAGUUACCUGAUGAAAUUCCUGGAAAAACUGCAGAAGGUGAAAGCCUAAAACGUGGAAUCUUCAAUGAAUCUGAUUUCAAACAAGUGACUCCAGAGAGAGACCAUACCAAUAAUGAUAAAAGAACCAAAUCUGAGUCGUUAAUUGAUGGGGCUGGCUGUGGUGGUGCUGAGGACUUUAAUUUGGAUAACAAUGAAGUAGUGGCUAUGGAAUGUGAUUCACCCAUCAAUGACCAUCAAAUGGCUGUAGCUGAUCACGAAUCUCAAAAAGCAACAAAAGAAAAUGAAGCAAGUUCUGCUUUAUCCUCUGAUCCUAGUCACACUGUAUUGCUGCCAGAUGUCACUUUUGAAAAUACCAAUAACGAAAACACAGGGCAAGGACUUCCUGAAAUUGAACUUAAGAGAACAGUAGAACAGAAAGGAAAAGACAUACCACGCCGCAAGUCUAGGUUCCAUGCAGCGUCCACAACUUGGUCUCCAGAAAAGGAAAGAAAACGUGAACGGAAAAGAUCCAGGUCCAAAUCCCAGGGACGAUCUGGGUCUGGCUCCCAGCCACAAGUAAGAUCUAGUUCCAGAUCACGGGGCAGAUCCAGUUCCAGGUCACGAGGAAGGUCCAGAUCCAAGUCACAAGGUAGAUCCAGGUCUAGGACCAUAUCGCAUGGAAAGUCCAGGUCCAGAUCACGAGCAAGGUCCAGGUCACGAGGAAGGUCCAGGUCCAAGUCCAGGUCCAGGUCGCGAGGAAGGUCCAGGUCCAGGUCCAGGUCAAGGGGAAGGUCUAGGUCCAGGUCGCGAGGAAGGUCCAGGUCCAGGUCGCGGGGAAGGUCCAGGUCGCGAGGAAGAUCACCAGGAAGGCCCAGAUCUUUGGGUAAAGACCAUCAUAGUCACUCGGACAGACCUUUGCAUGAAAGAAAUCGCUCAAAAGGAGAAGAUGGGGACCGGAGCAACCAAGCGUCUCCAUCUUCUAGGAAAAGGUCCAGAUCUCCCAGUAAAGAGAGAGAAAAAGAAGAACUUGCAAGUGAAGCUGAGAAGAGGAACCCUGAAGUAGAAAGAGGAAGAAAAGAUAGACCACGCUCUAGGUCACGAUCUAGAUCCAGAAAAAGAUAUUAUUCUGGAGAGAAGGAAGAGAAACCUAAUUUUUCUCCAGGCAGAAGAGACAGAUACAUCGAUGACAGCUGGAGAAAUAUUCGAGGAAAGGACAGACCCAGAAUGAAUGACUGGGAAAGGCCAAGAGGUUAUGAUAGAUUCAGAAAAAAUAAUAGGAGUAGAGAAUUCCCACAGCCUAAUAGAUAUCCAGAUGAGCAGUCAACUACUAGUGAGUAUAUAGAUGAUCGGAACCCUGAAUGGGUAGUGGAACAAGUCCAGGCAUCUUCUGAUGUCAGUAUGAGAGAAAAUGACUACAGGAAUGAUGCUAAAUGGGAAGAAAAUAGAUAUGAAAGAGAUGACUCUUGGGGUAAUAGGAACUUUGGUUGGAAGCGUGGUCGUGGGCGUUUCCGGGGAGGCUCCUUUCAUGCUGACCAAAGUGAAUUGCCAUGGCAGAACCGAAGGUCAAAUUUCUCAGGCGAGCAAAAUAAUUCAGGGAAAUAUCAAGGAACUGGACCCCGUCGAUAUAACGACCAUCAACAAAAUAGAUGGCGAGGUGAAUCAAAUGCAUCUUCUGAGGCCCGUGACCGUUCUGGAUGGUCAUCUUUCUCCAGUUGGAACGCAAGGAAGACCCUGCCAGCUGAUGUCCAAAAUUACUAUGCCAAUAGGGGAAGGCAGGCUUCAAGCACGCAGUCAAGCUGGAGAGGAACUGAUGAGGAACAGUACCAGGCUUCAACAGAGCAAGAUUCAUCGCAUGGAGUGCCAGGAUUCAAUGACCAAGCAAAUCAGCAAAUGAAUGGUUCUCAGCAGUCAGUUAAUAUAAUGCAUCCACCCGUUUUACCCCAGCCAAUGAAUGCACCCCCCCAGCCAAUGAAUGUCUUUCCAUUUCCAAUGAGCGUCCACCCACCACCCCCGCUAAUGCAUUUCCAUCCAUACAUCCACCCUCCUCCUCCGCUGAACGUGCAUGCAGGACUCCCUGCAGUGCAACCAACUGGAGCUGGAAACCUGCCUAACAGCCCGCCUCCGCCACCACCUCCACCUCCACCAGCCCAAUCGGUGAACUAUGCGAUUCAGCAACAUGACAUGGCACAAUCUCAAGUCAUCCCUACUCCAUGUAGUGUUUCAGAGGUGGAUGUGCAAAGUAGUGCUGCCACUGUACCCAGUACAGCUGGAGAGUCCAGCAAGGCCAUGCAACUUCCACUUUCUAUAGAUGUCUCCCCUUCAACCUUUCAGUCUGUUCAACAAGUCUUUGCAUCUCUUUCAACUUCAAAGCCUGCAGUGGAAAAAGAAAGCUUGAAGGAAGAAUUUGAAACAGAAAAGCCCAAAAAGGACAAGGCAAGUCCUGCAGAAUCGAAAUGUACAAUUCAAGAAAGGGCUGUAGAAGAAGUGAAACUAGCCAUCAAGCCUUAUUACCAAAAGAAGGAGAUUACCAAGGAUGAAUAUAAAGAAAUUGUCCGCAAGGCCGUCGAUAAGGUUUGCCACAGCAAGAGUGGUGAAGUCAUCCCAGGAAAAGUAGCCAAUUUGGUAAAAGCAUACGUAGAAAAAUAUAAACAUGCCAGGAAAGGGAACCCAAAGCAAAACCCUGAGGAAUGCAGUAUCAUUGGGAACAAAUCUUUUUAAACAAUAAAAAGCUGUAGCUGAUUGGUUACCAGUGUUAACAUGAGCUCAAAAUAGAAUGAUGAGUAGGAACUUUGUUAUCUAUUGGUUCGUUUUUUUUCCUUACAAAAGAUUAGGUGUUUUUCUAAAAUUGAAGCAUUUGAAACAACACAAUAACGUGAAAUGAAAGCAUGCUGUCGUUAGUUAUUUGGAGUUGUAAGGAUACUUAAUAUGAUCUGUCCUGGCCCCUCCCGUGGGUUGUCACUAGAUCAGUUGUAUAAAAUGUGAUAUUUGUUAGAUGAUUUCCUAAUGUAUCAAAUUAUCUCGAUGAAUUUUUUUUUUGUUAACUCUAGUUAAGUGUUUUUGUAAACCGUUUGUAUGCUGUACAAAAGCUUCCAGGUUUAACUGGAAGGAUCUGGAUCAUGUAGAAGCACUAAAGACUGGCAUCUGAGGCUGAUCAGCUGUUUUAGUGCAUAUAAGGUCUAAACAAAGAUGAUUGCUUAACACUUCUAGGACUGUUGCUCAGUGGGAAAUGUUUGAUAAAAGAUUUGAUUCUAUAGUUUCAUUUUUGAGAAAAGCAGAAAAGAAUGGUUAAAAUGUCAGGAGUAUUCUGUAAUACUUGCUCAACACAGCAAAAUAAAUUUUCUGCUGCUUGUCAAACUAGUUUCUGGGUCUUGAUGGACACAUAUGUAUGGAUUUAAAUAUAUUCGAGUUCAGACAGCAAAUCUGUAUUUUUACUUCAAAUGUAAUAUCCUUUGUAAAAGUUGGCUUAUUUUUGAUUAUUCUGUUGAUAAUGAUAUAGUAAUACAUUCUGCUUAUGGUAAUUAUUUCAUCUUUGGUGCUGACCUUGUUCAGAUAAUUCUAACAAAUCAUGGCAAUAGACAAGUUACCAGCAGAGAUCUUACAAUGGAAAUGUCUAUAUAUAGCUUGAGGACUUUAUUAUUGAGUGAAUAUUGAGUGAAAUGUAUUUUUUUCUGGUGUUUCCAAAGGUUUGUGUUCUGAAUUUUACAGAAAUUGCUAUUGUCAGCAGUGCUUAAUCAUAUUUGUGUAUUGGAACUAAUAAUUAUGUAGAACAACAUCACAACAUUGCUUCUAGUUUUUGAUUAUUUAAUAGAAUUUUGCAGUAGAAGUGUUCAUACUUAAUUCAUUGCCUCCCUUCCCUUUUCGACCAUCUGCUUUUGAAUGUUUUUGCACUGGUUUUCCUGGAAGUGCGUUCACUAAUGCUACAAGAGGGCGGGACAGUUUCAGAGUAGGACAUCGCACAUUUCUCAUAAACGCAAGUAACUCUCAGGAAUACAGCACACUGUGCAUUUUAUGUCGAAAGUAUUAAUUUCACUGAAAGGCUUCACACUUUUAAUAAUACACCCAAGUAGUAUGGGAAAUAUAUUGAUUCCACGAAGAUGUGAGCAUUCGGUUUAUGCUGUUCCGUUGUAUUCAAGGUUAAUAUGUUCGUGAAAUAGUUUUCAAUCUGCUCAUGGUCAUGUUAGUUAUGUUAAACCUAUAAUCAGUACAAAAUAUUUGAGAAACUCAGCAGCUUUUCCAGCAUCUGUGCAGAGAAACAGAGUUAACAUUUCAAAUCCAGUGACAAAACAUUUCAUUCUCCACAGUUGCAGCUGAGUUUCGCCUGCACUUACUGGUUUUAUUUCAGAUAUGCAGCAUCCGCAGUAUUUCACUUUUAUUUGAAUGUUUAAUCUGUAUACUGAUUCAGUGUCAUCUGGAGUAUUAUUCUGUCAAACACUUUAGGACAUGUAGAAUAGAGAUCAGUUCUAGAUACGAAACGUUCAGUUACGUGGAUAGGUUGGAGAAGUUAAGACUGUUCUCCUUGAAGAGGAGAUGUAAUACAGCUAUUUAAAUCUUAAGAUAUCCUGGCAGAAUAUGUAUGGAGACACUGUUCUCCUUGUUGAAAGAGCAGAGAACCAGAGGGCACAGGUUUAAGGUAAUUGCCAAAAGAACCAAUGGUGACAUGAGGAUGACCUUAAUAGAGCACAUGGUUAGGAUCUGGAACACUCUUCAUGAGUGUGGUGGAGGCAGGGUCAAUUGAAGAUCUUAGAAGGAAAUUGGAAAGGUUUGCAGGGCUAUAGGGAAAAUGUCCGGGGAAAGGUCCUAAAUGGAUCGUUUCUUCAGAGGAUCAGCACAGAUAAUUGAUCUCCUGCUGUAACCAUUCUGUAAUAAAAUAUCUACAAACAAUGGAAUGUCCUGGAAAUUAAUUGUGUGCAACCAAACUUGUUUAACAUUUUAAAUUAAUUUAUAAAGUUAAGUAUUGAUGGUUAGAUUCUUAAGCAUUUUAUUUCUGCUUCAUUAAUACUCGUAUGGUGGCAUACAUUGCAGCAGAAAUCUUGGGCUUUAUGAUAAGUUGAUUCAGAAUUUUAUGAAAAUGAUUUGCAGUAGAUACUUUUAUUCCCCUCACGUGAUCAGCUUGACAUAAGCCUCCACCGGUGGUGAUUUUGUAAUAAAUCUUAGUGGAUUUUGAAUCAGUUUCCAUUUCCUGUGAUGUUCGCAUGAAUAACCUUGUGCUUAUGUAAUUUAGUAAGAGAUAGGUGCUCUAUUUUCUUCUCCUUUAAAAGCCUCUUACAUUUAAGAAAUUGCUGAUCGGGUACCUUUUAAUUUCCAACUUUAAACUGAGAGGCAGUAUGCUUCAUUAUUCUAGGAGAAUGUAUUAUGAGAAGGGACAUUCAAAGGGAAUACAUCAGUUACUUACUACAACUAAAUUCCUGGUUCGUUCUCCUAUUGACCAUGUCUUAUAUCCUAGAAUUGAUGACAAUCAUCAAUCUGGGAUGUUUUUCUCCCCUUCUGAAGCCAGUGUUUACCAAUUUAACAGAGUUUUGGAUUAUGUUUGGCCUUGAGUUAAUGACAACCACUACUACUCUUGUUCUUGUAUAGAAUUUCCUACAGGGUCAUCAGAUAGGAACCAUGAGUUUUGAUUUGUACUCAAGGGAUGCUGAGAAUCAUUAAUCUGCUACCAACCUGGUUAACAUGAGCUAAUUCAGUACUGACCUGAAUUUAACUCUGGGUCGUUCAAUUACACAUUCCUACCAACUGAGGUAAGAAUGAGAAAAAUGAGGGGAGAUUACUUGUUUUAAGUGUUAAGCAGAGAAUCUGAACUAUUUUUAAAAAUAUAUUCUUUCAUUGGAUGUGGCAUUGCUAGCAGGCCCCAGCGGUCAUUAACUUUCCACAAUUGUCCUUGAAUUGUGGUCUUCUAGGCCAUUUCAGAGGCCAGUUGACAAUCACCCAUAUUGCUGCAUGUCUGAUGUCACAGGUAGGUAGACCAGGCAAGGACAUUAGUGAACAAGAUGGCUUUUACAACAAUCAGUGAAAACUUCAUACAAAAACAGUGUUGGAGAAACUCAGCCAAUCUGAUAGCAUCUGUGACAAAAAACCAGUUAAUGUUUUGGGUCUAGUGACCCUUCCUCAGAAAUGAAAAUUUCAUGGUCGCCAUUACUGGAACUCGUCUAGAUACUAGAACAAUUCUAGAUUUAUCGCUGGGAUUUAAAUGCUGCCACAGUAGGAUUUGAAAUCCACAAAAGCCAACGCAGCAGAUUUUUGAUUGUCUUCCAAGGACUACUAGAAACAAUGAGAAGAACAUUACAUAGAGUAACAGCUUGCUUAAAGUUUGCUGUGAAAAGAUUAUCUUUGCAUGAAUUUUUAAAAUUCUUACAACUGGAUUGACUUGGUGUAUACCACUGCACCAGUAGAUAUAAUUGGAGCUUAAGUCUUUUUUUCAAAGCCACUCAGUAGUCGGCACUUGAAGUAAUGUUACUAUAGCAACCAGGAUCCAUUUGCCAUGCAUUUGCAUAUAUCAGCAUCAACAGAUUGAGGUUGUGAACUCUAGACAAAAUCUUGAAGAUGUGUUUGUAUUGUCCCAAAGACCAAUCAUCUAUCAGUAAUUUUACAAAUAAGUGCAGCUUGUCAGAAGUAAGCACAGUUUCACCUGAUGGGUGCCUGCACAAAGCUUUAGCCCUUAGUCCAUCUUAAUUGGAUCCUCUAAAACUAUAUACGUGUGUAAAAGGUUAAUGUUUUUCCUUCUCUCUGAUUUAGCGAUUUAUCAGUUUCCUACUAGAAUGGUAGAUUGGUACACUGCAUUUCCUGGGUUGUUAAAUUCAUGUAUUUUACCUAUAUUUGUAAAUAAUCCUGUUAUUUGAUGUAUAUAGUUUAAAUUAAUAAAACCAUUUUGGUUUA